AUGGGGCCAGAGCAGCGCAAAGAUCUAGAGGCGCAGCUGCCGGGAGCGCACGGGAGCCACCCGGCAGCGCCCGACGCCUACGAGCCGCUACCGUCGACGCUGACGAGGCUGGGACGGCACUCUCUAGCUUCCGCCGGUCGGUUGCACGGCGGCACCCCCGACGGCUCCACCCACCACCUGCCCGACGUCAUCCAGCCGCUGGCUCCUGGGGAUGACAAUGAUGAGCUGUGUGACCACAUGCACCACAGCAACCGCGCGCCCUGGCUGCGAGCGCUGGUGCUGGGCGCCAACGACGGGCUGGUGUCCAUCGCUUCCCUCAUGAUGGGCGUGGGCGGCGGCACCUCCGACCUGGCCACGCUGCGGCUGGCGGGCGUGGCGGGCCUGGUAGGCGGCGCCCUCUCCAUGGCGGUGGGCGAGUACAUCUCUGUGAGCAGCCAGCGGGAUGCCGAGAAGGCGGACAUCGAGCAGGAGCGGCUGGAGCAGCUCAAGGGGCCGGUGGCGCAGGCGCGGGAGCUUGAGGAGCUGGCGCAGAUCUAUGUGGCGCGCGGGCUGCCGUACAACCUGGCCCGCCAGGUGGCUGAGGUGUUGACGGAGAAGGACGUGAUCAGGGCGCAUGCGAGGGACGAGCUGGGCAUUGACAUUGACGAGCUGGCCAACCCGCUGCAAGCCGCCGUGGUGUCGGCCAUCUGCUUCACAUGCGGCGCGGCCCUGCCGCUGCUGAGCGCGGCCUGGAUCAUGGACCCCAACCUGCGCCUGGGCAUCCUGGCGGGAGCCACCACCAUCGGUCUCUGCUUCUUCGGCUUCCUGGGCGCAUACCUGGGGGGCGCGGGCGUGUGCCGUGGCGGCAUGCGCGUGCUGCUGGGCGGCUGGAUGGCGUUGGGGAUUGUGUAUGGCAUCGGCCGCGCCCUGAAUGUGGAGAGCUCCGGAUGA